CAGUUGAUUGGUCGCUUUGAUUGGGUGUAGUUGCUACUGCUUUAGAAGAGAGCGAAAAAAAAUGGUAGUCUUAUUGCAUUGAGGGUUUCUUGUUCGAAGAAAAACUGUGCACAAACCAAAAAAAACUGCCAGACCAUUUUGUGAAUAGCUCAAAGUUUCAAUCGAUUAAGAAUUAAAUGAGGCGACCAAAAACUGAAAAAAUUCCGUACAAUUACGUAUUACUUGGUGCAACCUAAAUCGUGCCUGUGAUAAAAACGUCCCCGUUCUAUUUUGACAUUUCCAUUUGCUAGACUUACACAAAAUAUCUUACAAAAGGAACAUUUUUCGUGAACACUAUUUUUUUUGGUUUUAAGAAUUGUGAUUUUUUUUUUUUGAAACGCUUGCCGAAUAUAAUUUUAAUUAAGAUUUAGACAAAUAAAAUAAUAAGCUAAGCUAUUGCUCGUAUGUGUUCAAUGAUUGUACUUCGAUUUUGAUCGGUUUUUAGUUUCUUAGUUACAAGAGAUACUCGUUGUUUUGUUUUGCGCUGCUGAAACCAAAGAUACAACACAACUCAUACAAAAAUGUCAAAAGCAAUUAAUGAUUAUCGAGUAGCAUUGUACUUCCGUGUUGUGUAUUAUGUAUUUCAAUCGCCAUUGCAUCAAGUACAUUAAAAGCUUGUACAUAGUGUGUAGUAAGCGGAGAGCGCCAUACGUCCGUCGUCGUCAUCGUCAUCGUCGUAGUCUCCGUGGCUGCCGUUGCCGUUGCUUUUCAGUUAUAUAUACUGCUAUUUGUAUGCGAUCCGAAAAAUCGAAAGUAUUGGCAAAAUGACGCAAAUGACUCAAGAGGAGAUUAUUAGCAAUACGAGAACAGUAUUACAAGGCCUCGAGGCAUUACGUGUGGAGCAUGUUUCGUUGAUAAGUGGUUUGGGACAGACGAAAAAUGAAAAAUCCGACAUUGUGCAAAAGAAUAUCGAAAGCAUUGAGCUGGGCUUGGGUGAGGCACAGGUGAUGAUGGCAUUGGCACAGCAUUUACAAAAUGUCGAAGCGGAAAAACAAAAAUUACGUACACAAGUGCGCCGUUUGUGUCAAGAGAAUGCCUGGCUGCGUGAUGAAUUGGCCAAUACACAGCAGAAACUACAAGCAUCGGAACAAAAUGUUGCCCAACUGGAGGAGGAGAAAAAGCAUUUGGAAUUUAUGGCAUCGGUUAAAAAAUACGACGAAAAUCAAGAACAAGAAGAAGCCACCGAAAAAUCACGCACCGAUCCAGUCGUUGAAUUAUUCCCCGAAGAAGAACAGGAAAGCCGUAGCCAUUUAUCGCCCACGCCACCAAAUCAAAUUGCCUAUCAAGCUAGUGGUGGCUAUGAAAUUCCGGCUCGUCUUCGCACAUUGCAUAAUUUAGUUAUUCAGUAUGCGUCGCAGGGAAGAUACGAAGUUGCCGUUCCAUUAUGCAAGCAGGCCUUAGAAGAUUUAGAAAAAACCAGCGGACAUGACCAUCCCGAUGUGGCGACAAUGUUGAACAUUCUUGCUUUGGUAUAUCGUGAUCAGAAUAAAUACAAAGAAGCGGCAAAUCUCUUGAACGAUGCACUGGAAAUUCGUGAAAAAACCCUGGGCGAAAAUCAUCCAGCUGUUGCGGCGACACUCAACAAUUUGGCCGUGCUGUAUGGAAAACGUGGCAAAUAUAAAGAUGCCGAACCGUUGUGCAAACGAGCUUUGGAAAUUCGUGAAGAGGCACUGGGUCGUGAUCAUCCGGACGUGGCAAAACAACUCAACAAUUUGGCGCUAUUGUGUCAGAAUCAAGGCAAAUACGAUGAAGUUGAGCUGUACUACCAACGUGCAUUGGAAAUUUAUGAAUUGACAUUGGGACCGGACGAUCCGAAUGUGGCCAAGACGAAAAACAAUUUAGCCAGUUGCUUUUUGAAACAGGGCAAGUAUAAAGAGGCGGAAAUUCUUUAUAAACAAGUGCUGACACGGGCUCAUGAACGGGAAUUUGGUACAAUUGACGGUGAUAACAAACCCAUUUGGCAGGUAGCCGAAGAGCGUGAAGAAAAUAAGGAUAAGAAUACAAAUUGUGCACCGUAUGGUGAGUAUGGUGGUUGGCAUAAAGCGGCCAAGGUAGACAGUCCAACGGUAACCACAACGCUAAAAAACCUCGGUGCACUGUAUCGUCGUCAGGGAAAAUAUGAAGCCGCCGAAACGCUAGAAGAUUGUGCAAUUCGCAGCAAAAAGGAUGCAAUUGAAUUGGUGCAACAGGCUCGAGUGGGUAGUGCUGAAAAGCGACGAUCCCGCAAUAUGGCCGGCUACACGGGUCCGGGUACAAGUGGUGAAGCCUCACAAAAUGAUGGCACCGAUGGGUCGACAUUCAUCUCUUCACUAAGCGAUAAAUUACCAUCCUUUGGUCUAUUCAAGAAAUAAUACCAAAUUCGGUCCACCGAAUCGCCUAUUGUAAGUGUAAUUUAGCCAGAUUGUUCCUGUUCGUGUUUGUUUAUUGCAACGACUACCACCACCACCACCACCAUCGUCAUCAUAGCACGAGGGAAUGUUGUUGGGUGCGGCGAAAGGAAGGUAUCAAAACGGACCACACAAAAAAAAUUAUGCUGUUUAUGAAUUCAAUCAAACCUAUCUAAUAACUUCACACACACACACACACAUAUUGUUAAGACAUUUUGCAGACUUUAAUUCAAACAAAAAACUUAUGUAUUUACUCACAGAAAACAAAAUCUCGGCAACACAAAUGCAUUCGAUUCCUACAAUUGUUUAACUUUUCAUUUUACCACAAUUUGUUUUCAAUUGUUUCUCUUUUGUUCUAUUGAAAUCUCUGGACUAUAUUUAUUUUUUUUUAAAUUUAAGUCAGGUUUUUUCGCAAGGCGGUAAUAGUUUGCUUAGAAAAUAAACUCUGAUGUUAAAACGCAGAAAAAUGAAUAUGAGAGAAGAAGAAAAUUAAACAUGAAAAUAUGCCUACUUUAAACCACACAGAUAUGAGUCACAGUGUGACUGUCACACAUACACAUACACACACACACACUUUUGAAAACUAACAUUUUCUUUUUCUUCUGUUUUCUGCCUCGUAUCAAGUUGUCCAACUUUUUCGUUUGAUAAAUAUUGAUUUUUUUUUAAUUAUUAAGAAUAAAUAUAUGCAAUGUGCAAGAAUAUUGUGAACGUGCUUUAAAAUAUCUACUAUUUAUGAACUUUUUUUGAAAAAAAAAACGCCUUUCGUCCACAAAAACAAACGCAGAGUGCAACAACUACAAAUAACCAUUCGAAACCGUGUUUUUUUUAUAAAAAUGCUUUAAGAUACGACAAAAAAUGAAAAGUUUCUACUUAAUUUGCACUAGAUUUAUUGGAAAAUAUAUAUUAUUAUAUUGUAUCGAA